AUGCGCUGUGUGGAUUUGCUGGGUAUCGAGUCUACGGCAACAACGCUCUAUUUCAUCGUCGACGUCCUUCUCACAAUUGUCACCUAUACGGGAUUCCUUUUACAGCACUUUGUGCUGCUGGAUAUGUAUUUCCCAGAGCUCGAAAAGCUGCUCGAGGAUCGGCGCUGGUCGAAGGCUGCAAUACGAGCGACGGAGUAUGUGAACAGAUACGCGAUCGUCAUCCUGACAAUGGCCCUAGCGUUGCUUGUACCGAAUUUAUCGGAAAUUAUACCACUCGUCGGCGCGACGUGUGGAAUGCUGUUGGCGUUAAUUGUGCCACCAAUCGUAGAGACGGUGGCCUUCUAUCCAAGAUGGUCCGCGAAAGAAACCCCCGCCAAAUUGUCCUUCCGGCUCCUCGUCAAUGCCGUAAUCGUCAGCUUCGGUCUGAUUUUCAUGAUAUUGGGUGUGAAGUCGAAUCUCGAGCAUUCAAUCGGUCAC